UCUUGGUGGGGGAACAGAAACUCGUAUCCUUAAAUACACGUACGGAGUUGGGAUUUCCGAUUCAGGAGACCUGUCUCGUCAUCGUCCUCGAAACAUCUUUAAACGUCUUGCUCAGCGUGGCACGGAAGUACUUAUCGAUUCUAAAUUUGGAUGUGAACUAUCAUACCGUAAUCAGGCGGCACAACUGAAUAUCAGCAUAUACACCACUUGUGAAGAUACAGCAAAAUAUUGUGACGACCCCGGCGUGGAACUGUUUGGACAAUUGUUAAUUGAGUUACUUAACGUUCCUGACGCUAAUCCCGGACCUGCUCGGUCGGUAGACUUUAGCCUUAUAUUUGGAAAAACGGGUAUAAGAGCACAGGCUAAAGACAAACUGACUGGGAAUAAAUCUGAAGCUUUAUUCGCUCUUAAGCUAUAA